AUAAUUUUAUCGGUUACAGGAUCAGUCUCUUUUGUCUCAAUAACAUACAUAACGUUGUCUAAUGUUUAUAAAUUAUAUUUAAAUAAAAUAAUCGUUAUAUAAGAAUUGAAUAAUUAUUAUAUUUAUUUUUAUAAUGCGAUCAAGUUCAUAUGGAACUGGAAGCGGAUCUAAAUCAUUAAAAUCUAAAUCUUCAACUCAAGACGAAAAUACAAUCAGUACUAAUAUUAAUAAUAAUAACGAACGAUUAAUUAAAAGUUUGAAGGACUAUCAGUUGGUAUUGGAUUCGCUGAAGGAUGAUUUCAAUAAAAAAUGGAAAGUAACAAAAGUUAAACAAGAUGCGACGUUAAAUGACUUUGAUAUUUUGCGAACGUUGGGUAUGGGUGCAUUUGGAAGAGUCAAAUUAAUAAAACAUAAAGAAACUUCGUUGUACUAUGCCAUGAAAAUACUUGAUAAACGUAAAAUUGUUAAGACUAAACAAGUUGAGCACACGCGUAAUGAAAAAAGAGUAUUGCAGUCGAUAAAUUAUCCUUUUGUUGUGACAUUAAAAUAUUUUUUUAAAGAUAAUUCAUUUUUAUAUAUGGUCCUGCCGUUUAUUAACGGCGGCGAAUUAUUUUCUUAUCUACGACGCAAAGGUAAAUUUACUGAAAAAUUAUCAAAAUUUUAUGCUGCACAAGUUUUACUGACAUUGGAAUAUUUACAUUACUGCGGUUUAGUUUAUCGUGACUUAAAACCUGAAAAUAUAUUAAUAAGUUCCGAUGGUUAUUUGAAAAUAACAGACUUUGGUUUUUGUAAACUCAUUCAAGCAAGAACAUGGACGUUGUGUGGCACACCGGAAUAUAUUGCGCCGGAAAUAAUAUUGUCAAAGGGAUACGGUAAAUCUGUUGAUUGGUGGAGCUUCGGAGUAUUAAUUUAUGAAAUGACUGCUGGUUACGCGCCAUUUUAUUCAAAAGAUCCAAUGAAAAUUUAUGAAAAAAUAGUAAGCGGAAGAUUUAAAUUUCCCGCGCACUUCAGCGAUGAUUUGAAAGAUAUUAUUAAUAAUUUACUGCAAGUUGACUUGACUAGAAGGUACGGGAAUUUAAAAGAUGGCGUAUUGGAUAUCAAAAAUCAUGUGUGGUUUCGUUCUACUGAUUGGGACAACAUUUAUAAUAAAAAAUUGAAAGCUUCUUAUAUUCCGGUUUGUAAGAAUGAUGGCGACGCUAGUAAUUUUGAUUUUUAUAAUGAAAAUUCAAUGGUCAUCGAAUCUAAAGAUUUGUUUGCCAAAGAAUUCGCUGAUUUUUAAAAAUUUAUUAUUGUUUUGUUAAUUACCUUUAAGUUGUUGAAAGUAACGGUUCAAUGCGUCGUGACAUCCUAGUACACAGUACAAUUCUUUAGGCGGUAAUAGCUCUUGUGUACCGUUCUGUUGAUAAAAAAAAAUAUAUUGUUUUUAAUUUAAAUAAUAAUGUACAAUAACUUAUUAUAAUAAAUGUAAAAUUGAAAUAAAUUUUUUAAAUUUUAAUUAUUAAAAUAAAGUUAGACGUACACAUGUUGAUUGACAGCUUGUUUCGAGGGCUUGUUCCCAUGCUGCGCAUCCUUUCUCACACUGGAAUAGAUAAAAAAAAAAUUAGUUGACAUUAGAAGUUCAAUGUCAAGUGGAUAGAAUGAUAUUAAAUAUGAAUAUAUAUCUAUUUAUUUAGUCAAUAAUUUUUGGUAGCUAUCGCAUUGGGUCUUGACAUAUUUUCGGGUGAUUGUUUUUUUUUUAUUUGAAUCUUAUCUAGUUUGUACAUUAAUCAGAAAAAUUAUUAGACUACUGGAAUCUUAAUUUUAAUAGAAGUUUGUAUUUUUUAUGAAUAGAUAGAACAUUAUUGGAAUAAAUUAUUGUUUCAGUUGAACAAUAAAAAUUUGUGAGUACCCCAUUUUAUCCGCAAUGAAAAUUUCAGUCCACGAAAAUGUCCCCCCCCCCUCAAUAUAUUUUUUUUUAAUUUACGGAUAAGCUGAUGAUUAAAAAAAAAAUAUUAAUCAUUUUUUAUAAAAAUCAAUAGAGAGCACAAAUUUUUUUUCAAUUUAUAAAUAAAAUUUUCGGUAAAAAUUGACAUUAUAUUUUAAAUUAAAAAAAUAAUUAAUCAAAUACUUAUUAAGCGGUCAAAAGUGAAUAAUAGUAAUUUAGAAAGAUUCGUUCAAAGAAGAGGCUGUCCCUAGAUAAUAAUUAGU